AUGAGAAAGAGUAAAACUAAUUUGCAGAGCAAUUCCGAAUCAACAGGAGGUCAGCUUCUUCCAUCUGUAAGGAUUAUAAUGACGCUUAGCCUUAUUUAGUUAAUAAAUUCAUCCUGCUAUUAAUCACCUCAUGAAGACUUCGAAUUAGACUAGGGAGUUAAUCUCUGAAGAUGCAGUUUGCUGAAGAAUUGGAAUACGCCAGAUUAAUUCAGCUGCUCCAUUUUUGAGAUAUAGCAUCCCAGUUAGCCACCUUUAUGACCUCAUUUUUGUUGUAUCUGAACAGAGGAGGGAUCCUCUAGUCGAGCUCAUGAUCUCGGCAAGGCAUAACUAUUAAUAUGCAUCAAAUUCUCUGGGUAAAUUAUCCUAUGUUUUAUUUCACAUCUUGAUUUGCUGUUCCUCAGCCUAUUAGCACAAGGAAGCUUCCUCACACAUCUCAAAUGUUUUAUUUCCUAAUUAAGAGAAGCAGACAAGAACUAAAGUGGUCAACCGAAGAGCAUAACCAGCUUGUGCAAGGUCUCAAAACCUACGGCAAGGAAUGGCACAAGAUUGAUCAGAUGAUUCUUACUAAAAGUAGCCCUCAGAUUAGAUAUUAUUCUCGGAAAUACUUCAAUGCAAUCAAACAGUGAUGAAACACAGAAGAUCCCAUUGAAUUAAUCAGGCAAGACAUGGUAGACAAUAAUUUGCCUUUCAAUUUAAAAGAGGAAAAGAAUGAAGAGAUUUCCAUUGACUUACAAGAGCUCCCAGUGGAGAAUAAGACCAGCUUCUUAAACAUAGGGCACAAACUUCAAAGUGCUAGAAAGGAAGAUUUCUGAAGCUUUACUAACAACAAGAGCUCUGGGCACCUGAUGAAAUACUGUGGUGAAUCUAGCUCAAAUGAGUUCUUUGAAUCUAAGGCUGAGAGGAGUUAUGCAAAAUCAGAGAGCUCCCAGAAAGACUUCAGAAAGGCAAUGAACAAGAGAGAACCCAAAUAUUCAGAUUCAAAUAGUGAAGCAUUUACUUGGAAGCAAGGAGCUCUUAUGAAAGCAAAACAGAAAUCUCAUAAAUGUAGAGCGAGCAAAAAGAGACACCAAAAGAUGGAGGUUAAGGCUAGAAAUAAUAAAUUGAUUAAUACAGGAAACAAUAUUUACUCUAAAGUUCCAUAUAUUGUUAUCACCAACAAAAAUAAUACAAAGGAAAUACUUCCUCUUUAUCCUGCUCAAGUUCUGAUUAUCCCAGCGAAGAAUGAAGGCCACCAACAAGCAAAUUUGCAAGGUAAUUUGUUUGAUAAUACCUUGAAUGGAUCUUCAGGCGACCUUGGAACAUUCUCUAUUUUUAAGACAUACUCUGCUGAAAAAGGACAAUUUGUGAUAAAAGAGAAUCCAACAAAGCUUCAGGAUGUGUGAAGGCAGGGAGGAGUACAAUGAGUUAACAUCCAGUCUAUAUCAACUACUGCUUCAACAGAGAAACAACUACUGCAAAAGAGCCCUCCCUCUUCUAUAUCAGAGCUGGAGGAUAUCUGUCAAAAAUAUUGCCACUGCUUCUUCUAAGCUGAUAAAGAGUGUUAAUUUUUAUGAAAUUCAG